UGAAAUCCUGAAAGAAAGAUGGCGCUAUCAGUUUGUUUUUUUCGCUCUCUCUCAAUAACAUUCGAUUUUCGAUUUCGAUUUCGAUAUCACAUUUUUUGUAACAAAUUUGGUACCUUUGUUUGAUUAUCGAUUUUCAUCAAUAAAUUUAAUUUAAUUGAUCUUUUCGAUUGGAAAACAUGAAUAAAUUAUUACGUUUUAAUCAUCAAUUUUUAGCUCAAAGCUUUAAAAUUGUAGCACCAUCAUCAUCGUUGUUGAAUUGUCAAUCACGUUCAAUUUAUUUGUCAGAAAAACGUUUGGAUAUAUUUAAAAUUCAAGAUGAAAAUGAUUUUAAAGAAAAAGUUUUAGAAAAUUCACAAAAAAAAUUAAUUAUUUUGGAUUUUUUUGCUACUUGGUGUGGUCCUUGUAAACAAUUAACACCACGUUUAGAAACAAUAAUCGGUGGACAAUCAACAAAAGUUGAUCUAGCAAAAGUUGAUGUUGAUGAAUUAGAACAAUUGGCUGCCGAAUAUCAAGUACAAACAAUACCGGCAAUAUUUGCAAUAAAAAAUGGUAAAAUUAUUGAUCAAUUUGUUGGUCGUCGUGAUGAUGAUGAAUUAAAAUCAUUUAUUGAUGGUGCUUUAGCUAAAUAAUGCUAUUUUCUUAGUUGUUUUGUGUUCAAAUUAACAACGACAAAAAUACAUUCUGAUAUGAG